GUUUCUUUCUAACAAACCGAUGGGAGUUCCUUGCGCAUUGGACUGGACCUGAACACUUGCUUGCGCGUCGCAUCGUCACAUUUGUAACAGUUGGUGGCCAACUGCCUGCUGAGCUUGGCCCCUCUCAUUCAGGUCCCUCUUCCUUCUUCCACUUCUUCCGUCCUGUUCCUCCCAACAUCGCCCUAAUCACCUGCUCCCAAUUGACGCCUCCUAACCUACCUACCUACCUAGGUUCACACGCCAAUCGUCCAACCUAGACUAAUCUCCAAACAUCCAAUCCCUCCUCCACCCGGUCAACAUCUUUUCCCACUCCCCCCGGCGCCGCUGUCCUGUUGACGGACGAGGAUCCCCAGACGACCAAUUUACCCCAGAGUUUAGAACAAGACCGACCUUGAACCUGCGCGCUCCAGACCACACACACGGCAAGACAAAGGCACAGCUUUUGGAACGGUACACACAACAAGCCAGCCGAGCGAAUAUAAUUUGAAACCACGGCCUAUCGUACCGAAGUACCUUGUGAGCGGCGUGGACCGAUCGCCAAACCGUCGCACUACAACAUCAACCACCUUCCCUGCCCGUCUGUAAUUGCAAUAGCUCCACUGCCGACUGAUUGUAAUCAGACGCUAACCACCGACCGACGGCUUCCCGCGACACGCAACGAGAACUGUCCCGCUGAGCGAGACUCCCCCGACACAGCCUCUCAUUCUUCUCUUUCCUUUUGACAUCGAUCCGAUCUAUCAGCUUAGUAGCUUCUUCGACGUCGAAGAAGCCCGCCGCCCAUCAUGUCCAAGGUAAUUCGCAGCGUCAAAAACGUCACAAAGGGUUACUCGGCCGCCCAGGUCAAAGUGCGCGAUGCGACAAGUAACGACCCAUGGGGACCUACAGGAACCCAGAUGGGGCAAAUCGCCCAGAUGACGUACGGCACAAGCACCGAGUUCUACGAAAUCAUGGACAUGCUCGACAAGCGACUGAACGAUAAGGGCAAGAACUGGCGUCACGUCCUGAAGGCAUUGAAGGUUAUGGACUACAUUUUGCACGAGGGAUCCGAGAUGGUGGUGACGUGGGCCAAGCAGAACAUCUUUAUUAUCAAGACACUGCGCGAGUUCCAAUACAUUGACGAGGAGGGCAAGGACGUUGGAAACAACGUCCGUGUCGCCGCCAAGGAUCUUACUGCGCUGCUCCUAGACGAGGAGAGAUUGCGCGAGGAGCGUACUGACCGAAGAGCCUGGAAAUCGCGUAUGCAGUACGGAGAGGAGAUGCCCCAGCACCACGCCGAACCGUCGCGUCCCCGCCCCCGGCAGCAUAGAGCACAGUAUGCCGACGAGGACGAUGCAGAGUACAAGUUGGCGAUUGAAGCGAGCAAACACCAAGAGGAGGAAGACAGGAAGCGACGUGAGAGGGCUCUCGCCGAGGUGGACGACGAUGAUCUCGCCAAAGCCAUCAAGCUCAGCAAGGAAGAGGAGGAGCGAAGGCGACGGGAGCUCGAGGAGACGAAUGCCGCGGCUUUGUUUGAUGAUACCCCAGCGCAGACGACCCAGCCUCAGUUCACCGGUUUCAACCAAGGCUAUCAGCAAGGCAGUGCGGUGGAUUUCUUUGCUAACCCACUUGAUCAGAACCAGCUGCAGGCUCAACAAACUGCUUACAUGAACAAUGCAUUCACCGGGUACGGGCAGCAACCAAUGGGAUAUCAGCAGACGGGAUACCAGAACGGCUUCCAGAACGGCUUCCAGCCCCAGCCUACCGGCAUUUACGAUCCUUACGGUCAACAGCAGCAGCAGCAACAGCCCCAAGGAUUCAUGGCCCAGCCAACGGGCUACAACCCAUACGCGAACCAGCAGCAACAGCAGCCCCAAUUCGACAACUCCUCGUCGACGUUGCAGCCCGGUAGUAACAACCCUUGGGCCAGCAACAACAACAACAACAGCCAGCAGUCAGCCAUCAAGCCAAUGCCGACAGGAUCGAACAACCCAUUCGCGCAAAAGUCACCGUACAAGGCGCCAUCGAUGCCGGCAUUGAGCAGCCUCCCCGAGCAAAAGACACUAUCGUCCUUCCCCCAGAUCUCCGUUACUUCCUCUAAUUCGCCAUUUAAUACCUUUGGCUCGCAGUCCCAGCAACAGCAGCAGCCCCAGCAGCAACAACCUCAGUUUCAACAGCAACCGCAACAGCCCCAGCGAGAACUCAGCGAGCAUGAGCAGAAGCUCAACGCCCUGCUCGCCAGCGGAGAGGGCAUGGACACGUUCGGCAACACGGGUAAUCUCCGUAUUCCGGCACAACAUACCGCCCCUGGAACGUUUGUCAACAGUGCAGGUGCUGGCCUGAACAAGAUCACGACCGAGGCGACGGGCAACAACCCUUUCUUGAAGCAGCAGUUCACGGGCUUGCCGACUAUAUCGUACGGAGGUCAGCAGAUGCCUGCGGCGACGGGGCCGGCCGGUAUGGGCAUGAACAUGGGUUACGGCGGCAUGAACGGGGGAUAUCAGCAGCAGCAGAUGGGUAGCAGCAACCCAUUUGCGGCGGGUGGUCAGCAACAGCAAAGGCAACAGCAGGGUGGCCAGGGUGAUUUGAUCUCUUUCUAGGAGGAGGGAGAUGAAGACGGUGGCGGUGGCAAGAGUGCUCAAAGGUCGAGCAACUGAGUAGAAGGGGCCUGAAUAGCGAAAGAGGUGGAGAAACAACCUAGGGAAUCGGGAGCACACAGGGAUUGAGAGCAAGGUGUGUGAGAGAGAGGAACAGAGUUAUUGGAUUGGGAAGUGGCUCUAAAACUCUGACUGCGUUGUUGUUGAUUUCAUGGUGUAUAGGGUUGGGAUUUUGUUUGUAUGGUAUUAUUCUAGAGACCCCCCAGUUAACUUUUUCUUUAUCGUUUCAAAGACGCAUUAUUACACGAGUGUUCAACGUUUCUACGUUCAUGGUUUGUGUUUGGGGGUGUAGAUAGAGUCCAGUCGCUAUUCGACCUCAACAUAAGUAGAGUGGCACGGCUGAUUUCAAGGCAC